ACAGGGGUUCAAAUUCGAAGCAACGGACCUCGUGGUGUACGUAGUAAACACAGAGCUGCGCACUGACAGUCCACGCUUUCGGUAUCCCUUCGAGUGGGCUUUGAAACGCGCGCUUCGUAUGUCUUCCAGUGCCUACUGCGAUAUUAGAACGUAUAGCCGGCGAUUUUUAAAUGCUACACACACGUGCGAGUAGACUUAACGAGUGUUGAUCAGUUAGUGCGUGAUUACCAUUAAGGAUUUUCAUCUGGUGGAAAAUUUGGAAAAUUAUAAGGAUGAAGCUGCUACAUCUCCUGAUAAUCAGCAUCCUAUGGAGACUCGGAUCUGCCUGUAUGAACAACUGCAGUUGUGUCCCUGACAACAAAGGCAGAAACGCGGUGGUAUGUAAAGAAGGAGGCAUUGUCGGCCCCCUCAGCUUGGAUGGAAUGGAUCUUUACACUGAAGUUCUUGUAAUAACUGCCCCCGAAAACGACCUCAAUGUCCUCACCAUGGUUCCAGCUUUCACAGAAUACAGGCAGUUGGAGGAAAUCCACAUAACUCGCUCAAAUAUUCCGCAGCUUGGUGAGGGCUUCUUUUUUUAUCUCAAGAAUCUGACUGUGCUGAAUUUGUCCCAGAACAACAUUACUCAAGUCAUCAACAAGAAUUUUCUGGGUCUUGAGAAGUUGAGAGAGUUGAUGUUGGAUGAUAACAGGAUUAUUUCUAUACCUAGUGGGACAUUUAGUUCUCUGAAAGAGCUGAAGGUGCUUUCGGUCCAGAGGAAUAGAAUCAAUGAGCUGUCGCACAGUGUGUUUCAAGAGAUGAAGAAGCUUAAGGUGUUGAAGUUGAGUGGUAACCCUGUGAGGACGUUACCUGUUGAAGCUUUUAGAGAUGUACAGGAGCUUAGAACAUUAGAAUGCAGAGGAUGCGCCCUCAGCGAGAUGAACAAGCAAAUCUACCCCCUGCUUCCACACCUAAAUCAUCUAGACCUCGGCGAGAACGGCAUCACGAGCCUUGAAAAGGACGAGUUUCGAAGCCUGCAGAGCCUGAAACACCUAAAACUGGACGGAAACAAGCUGAAGCACUUGGGAGACUACGUCUUUUCCCAUCUUCCCGAACUGAUAAAAUUGGGUUUGGCCAAAAACGAGAUAGAGUCGAUUUCUUUAACUGCUUUCGAGAACGCCGACAAUUUAACUGAGCUAGACUUGGGUUAUAAUAAGAUCAAAGUUUUGAAGCCGCAACUCUUCGACUCAAUUCGGGAAAAUUUGCUAGUCUUGCAUCUGAGUGGCAACCCCUUGGACCUAGAGGUUACGAGAGACGUCCUAAAAAACUCUAAACUACGUGAUUUGCGUUUGAGAAAAUGCAAACUCUUCGACGUAGCUGACGAUGUUUUCCCACCUACUCUCAUUUCUUUGGACCUGUCUGAGAAUUACCUGAGCGGGCUGAGUGGUAAAGCACUUCCAGAUGGUUUGCUAUACCUGGACAUCUCCAAGAACAUGUUCAGAGGAAUUUCCAACGAUGACUUACUAGACAAGAUCGAAUUCAUCAACGUGACACUCCUAGACAGAAACCCUUGGUCUUGCGAUCUCUGCUUUAUCGUUCCCUUGAUGAACAGGGUUAACAGGAGCUCGUCUUUCCAGAAUAUCGUAUGCUCUCAUCCAUAUGUUGUGGAAGGUAAGAAGUUGGACGCUUUGGACAGAAACCAAUUGACCUGGUGCUCUUCGAUGAGCUACCCAACAGGGGACGCUAAUUUCUUCUCUAUAAACGACAACAGCAGAAUAGGAAUCCUUGCUGCCGGUAUGUCUGUCUGUCUGCUCUUCCUCAUUCUAUUCGCCAUUAUCGGUUUGAUCUGCUAUUCGAAAAGACAUGCAGCUAAAUACUACACUCACGAAGACAAGCUGGCCGUGGAGAAUGAUUUUCUGCCAGAUAAUCACAGCCCUCUUUUCUGCGAUGAUCGCGAAUUGAGUUUCAAAUUUCCCCUGGAUAAUAGCCUUAACGAGAAAAAGGUUUCGAUAGCAACGAUUGACGAGAUGAAAAAAGAACAUAAGAUAACGAACUGAGAGGAAGAUAGAAGGGAAAGACUGUUAGAGAGAAGGACCGAAGGACGGUUGGGAGAGUUUCAUUCCAUCGGUUGUUUUUGGAAGACUGAUUUGUCUGAAUCCAUUCCCCGAUUGUACCGGUUAUUUUUGCUUUUGCCCGAAGAUUGAAUCCGGCGAAUAUUUAACGUUGAUUAAUGUCGAAAGUUUGAGCUAGUUCCAGCUUUUCGCAUUCUUGAACGUUCAUCCCUUGUCUGGAAGAUUCGCACUGCGAAAUUCAUUGUGCAGUCUUAUUUCUGUGAGAUACUGAGAUUGAGCAGAUAUCUUACUAUUCAUGCUUUUUGAAUCUUAAAUCUUCCUUUUGAAUAGAAGCUGAAUUCAUUUCGAGUCUAGCGAAGUUCAACUGAUGCGUGGAAUUGUUUUCGCAACUCGCUUCAUUGCAGAAACAUAAAAACUAUUCAACGUCAUCCUAUUGGAAUGAAAAAAAAGGGUAUAACUCUAAAUAUAGAAGCAAUUCGCGAAGGACUGUUGAAGAAGAUAAUGAAUACGGUUCAUUACAAUGGCAUGAAAUUUAUUCGAAUUGCUUUCUGAAGUUGAUUGUUGAUUAUAAGAUCAUGAUGGAAUACACUCACCGUCAAAAAAGCUAGGCCACCUAAAAUUUUGCAGAACUACAUUGUCCCAAAACUUUCGUCAUUUUUCAUCGAUUUCAAUUGUUUCUAUGCCAAAUUGAAGAUAAAUUGUUUGGUAUUUAAACGAACUCCAGAAAAUUUUUCCAAAAAUGUUGAUAGCUUAUUUAUACAGGUUGAAAAAACCCAUGUAUUUGUAGUCCAAUUUCUUAACACCCUGUGGGACAGUUCAGAAAAUUCAUAGAGUUAACGCUCAGUUUAUUACAGAGAUCAUUCUUUUCGCAAUCUUUCAGUUUUUAUUUCACCUUGAUAUCUUGAUUUAUUUUGUAGAUACACUUAUUCAAAUAAAAGCCUAGAAUUUAAUGAAUACGCCAACCUCUAUUGAGGAACAGACCGGAAUAUCAAAAGCAGCACUUACCGAAUUAUUAUUUAUUGAAAACGGAGCUCUUAAUGCUCAACGUUACAUACAAGACGUUCUUCUGGAAGUUGUAGUUUCCUUUGCUCCAUUUGUUGGACAUUUUAAUGCAUGACAAUGCACAUGUAGUAAAUAUUUUUCUCUAAUUCUGUGGUUAUUCCGUUCAUUCUUCCACACCUUGGAGAACAAAA